AGUGGAGACCCCCCCCCCAAAGCCGACCCCCCGCCUCCGAAGCCCCCCAGGAAGCGUCCGGGAAGCCACCGGAGCUUCAAGAGGUUCCCAUCGCGUUCCUUGGCGCCUUCCAACCGGUGCCAGGAUUGCGGCAAAGCUUUGGCAUUCCCGAAGCGCCCGCGGGCCUGUGCCGAAGGCGGGAAGUGCUUCCGGUUGCCAUCGACCCUUCUCCCCCAUCAACGGCGCCGCGUCGGUGGCGAGAAGAAUUCCAAGUGUCCGGAGUGCGGGAAGAGCUUCCCGGCCCCUUCCGGCUUGGCCAAGCACCGCAAGCUCCACGUGGAAGAGAAACCGUACAAGUGCGGCGAUUGCGGGAAGGGUUUCCAUUGGAAUUCCCACUUGGAACGGCACCGGCGCAUCCAUACGGGCGAGAAGCCCUAUGGGUGCCCCGAAUGCGGGAAGCGCUUCAGUUGGAGCUCCCACUUGGAGCGCCAUCGCCGCAUCCAUGGCGCAUCGGCGGCGGCGUGCGGGCGCUGCCGCGUCCCUUCGGACCCUUCCAAAGCCUUGGCCAAGCCCUCGCAAUGCGGCCAAUGCGGGAAGGCCUUCGCCAACGGCGCCGCUUUGGCCAAGCACCGGCGGGCCCACGGCGCCGAGAAACCCCCUAAGUGUGGGGAGGGAGGGAAGGCGACGGCGUCGACAUCGACGCAGCCCCAACGGAGCCGCGGCGCCGGCAAAGCGUUCCGGUGCGGAGACUGCGGGAAGAGCUUCGCGUGGAGCUCCCACUUGGAUCGGCACCGCCGCAUCCAUAUGGGGGAGAAGCCCUACCGGUGUGGGGCGUGCGGGAAGAGCUUCUCCCAAGGGUCCCACUUGGAACGGCACCAACGGGUCCACGCCGUGGGGCAAGAGCCGGGUCGAUGCGUCGAGUGCCGGCGCUCGUUGGGCCGAUGCGAGGAGUGCGGGGAGGCGCGGCCCCAUAAGUGCGGGAAGAGCCUCGCUUAUGGGGCGGAGAGGGUGAAGCACCAAGGGACGCAGACGGGCGAGAAGCCCUACGCGUGUGGGGAGUGCGGGAAGAGCUUCGGGCAGAACUCGGCGCUGGUCAAGCACCGCCGCAUGCACACGGGGGAGAAGCCCUACAAGUGUGGGGAGUGCGGGAAGAGCUUCGGCGUCCGCUCCAACCUCAUCAAGCACCAACGGACCCACUUGGGCGAGAAGCCCUACAAGUGUGGGGACUGCGGGAAAGGCUUCAUCCAGAAGUCGGAUCUCACCAAGCACCGCCGCAUGCACACGGGGGAGAAGCCCUACAAGUGUGGGGAGUGCGGGAAGUGCUUCAGCGUCUCCUCCAACCUCAUCAAGCACCAACGCAUCCACUUGGGCGAGAAGCCCUACCAGUGCUCCGAGUGCGGCAAGAGCUUCAUCCAACGCUCCGAGCUCACCAUCCACCAGCGCGUCCACACCGGCGAGAAGCCCUACAAGUGUGGGGCGUGCGGGAAGUGCUUCAGCCGCAGCUCCCACCUCAACCGCCACCAACGCACCCACAACGGGGACAAGGCCAAAGCCAACGCCGCCGACGCCGCCAACGCCGCCUUCUCCGGCCCCUUUGCGCCCGUCCCGGCGCUGCCGCCCUUCCCCGGCGCGGUGCCGGCCUUGGAGCUGCCCUGGGCCCUGCCCUUCCCUGCCCGCGCCUUCCCCCAGCCCUGCUUCCCCCCGCCUCCAGCCCCGGGGGCUCAGGCCUCGUCCCUCAGCAACUGAGCCCGGCCCCGGCGCCAGCCCCACGGCUCCG